AAUAUGAAUAUUGAGGUAUAAAAAGCCUCAAUUCUUUUCCCCCUCUUCAAAGCCAAAGCUCUCUAUAUCUCCUCUCUGCUUCAACUCUAAACUGAAUUUGUGCUCGAUCAAUCAAUUCUUGUCUUGAGGAGGUCGAAAAAUGGUUACUUUUGAGCUUUACCGGAUGUCAACUAUCGGAAUUUUCUUGAUGGAAGCACUAGAUCAGAUGGUCGAUGAUGGUAUGCUUCGGCCAAAGGAUGCCAUUCAAGUUCUUGCUCAGUUUGACAAGUCAAUGACUGAAGCUCUGGAGACUCCAGUAAAGAGCAAGGUUUCCAUUAAGGGACAUCUUCACAACUACAGAUUCUGUGAUAAUGUCUGGACUUUCAUCUUGAAAGAUGCUCUUAUCAAGAGUGAGGAUCGUCAGGAGACUGUUAGUAUUGUUAAGAUUGUCGCAUGCGACUCAAAGCUGCUCAAACAAUGAGCAGACUCAGAUGGAGAAAAAUUUCAGUAGUCAUAUGCAUUUUUUUUCACUAAUGUACAAAUUUGAUCCAAGAGAAGCAGUUACAACUUAUAAGUGUAUUUCCAUUUUCCAGGCAGCAAAUUAGCUCAUCUUUUUGUAUAAACACAGCUAUAUCAGUUGGAUAGGUGUUCUCUGUGCUCUUGUACCAUGAUUUGCCUUUUUUUUAUUUUUUAUUUUUUUUAUUUUAAGAACAGGCGUCAGCUAUAAUGUUUAAAUUUAAGUUCUAUGUACUUAACGGUAUGAACUAUUCAAACACACAGGUGGCUCAAGAGGAGGCUAGUAUAGCCUCCGUCCCUUUGCUUUUGGCCAUAAAGUUUUGAGGCUCCGAAAAAAUUCAAUAAAGGAUUUUAAGAUUUUAUUUUUGCUUAGACAAUAUUGAAGUUUGUUGAAAUAAAAAUACAAAAAUUUUAUAAAAGAAGAUUGCUUACUUUGUAACUGAUGUUAAAAAAAAAAAGUAAGAACGAACAUUCAGAGGGGAGAAAAAGAAAAAAGAAACCUCACUAUGGUAACUCAUAUUUCAUAAAUUCAAAGAGUAGAGAAAAAGAUACUCCACUAAAAUUUCCUCCUAUAAAAAUAAAUA